UGUUUCGUUUGUCUGCUUACUCUCAACAAAUUCCUUUUUCUGUGAAAAGUAGUGAUUUUAAUAGUAAUUACUUUACUCUAAAACAAGUUUUACACCAUGGUGGAACUUCACCUAAAACUAAGAACUUAUUCAGAAAGCUUGAAAUAAAUCCCCAAAACCGACAAUCUAUAUUUACACAAUUUUCUUUUACCGCUAGUUUAGGUGAUAACUAUCAUGUAGUUA